AAAAGAGGAACCUUUGCAGAUUCUUCUCAAAUCCCAUUUUAGAGAGGUCCCAAAAGAGUAAGAUCACCAACGUUCUCUCCUUGGGCUGUACUCUGAGUCUGAGAGUGAUCCAUCAUGAGCAGCUGUGUGUAGUAGGGAGGACUGAAAAUAAAAGCCUAACUCCACCCGACUUAUCAUGCGAAGAUGACAAACUUAAGCGUACCUUAACCCAUAUGCUUCCUGCCGGCAGAUGCUAUAAGGGUCUGAUUUUUACGGAGUAUUUACGGAGUGUUAAGCCCUUCUUCUUUAGAAAGCGAUACCAAUUCUUACAGAUCAAGAAUGGAGCAACCGUAUGAUGACUCUGGAGUUCCACUCUCUUAUCAGCCCGAGAAGCUUGAACCUUAUAAUCACAACCUCGAAAAUUCUGAUGAAGUAAAUGAUUCUCCAAUCGAGGAAGUGAGAUUGACAGUUUCAAUUAAGGACGAUCCGACCUUGCCCUGCUUGACAUUUCGAACAUGGUUCCUGGGAAUCACUGCAUGCGCAGCUCUAUCUUUUUUAAAUCAGUUCUUCAGCUUCCGGCAAAACUCGCUCUCUUUGACGUCGGUUUCAGCUCAGAUUGCGGUACUUCCUCUGGGAAAAUUUAUGGCAGCGGUUCUACCAAAGAAAGCGGUUCGCAUCCCAGGGACUAAAUGGUCCUUCUCAUUGAAUCCAGGGCCCUUCAACUUGAAGGAACAUGUCCUCAUAACCAUAUUUGCCAAUGCGGGCUCGAACGGUGUGUAUGCCAUCAACAUCGUCACCAUUGUCAUGGCCUUUUAUCACCGUCAUAUUCAUCCUCUAGCAGCCAUGCUGCUAACACUAACUACACAGAUGCUUGGAUAUGGGUGGGCGGGGAUUUUCCGGAAAUUCCUUGUUGAUUCACCAUACAUGUGGUGGCCAGCAAACCUGGUUCAGGUCUCUCUCUUCAGGGCACUGCAUGAGGAGGAGGUCAGGCCCAAAAGAGCAUUGACGAGGCUGCAGUUCUUCCUUGUAGUCCUCGUAUCGAGUUUUGCAUACUAUGUUGUUCCAAACUAUCUGUUUCCGUCCAUAACUGCCCUAUCCUUUGUUUGUUGGAUAUGGACGGACUCGGUCACAGCGCAAAUAAUCGGCUCUGGACGUAGUGGUCUCGGUAUUGGCUCCUUUGCCCUAGAUUGGGCUACUGUUGCUGCCUUCAAUGGGUCUCCGUUAGCCUACCCAGGGUUUGCAAUUAUAAACAUAAUCGUCGGUUUCUUCCUCACAGUCUACGUGUUAAUCCGUAUUGCCUACUGGACUAAUGCAUUCGAAGCCAAGCGGUUCCCCAUUAUCUCACCGCACAUUUUUGAUUCGAACGGACAAGAAUACAACGUUGGAUUAGUCCUGAAUGAGACAAACUUCGAAUUCAAUCGGCAAGGAUAUGAUGAUUACAAUAAAGUUCACAUGAGUAUCUUCUUCGCUUUUAUUUAUGGAUUGAGCUUUGCGACCUUGGCAGCUACGGUAUCUCAUGUUGCUCUCUUCCAUGGCAGGAUUAUUUGGCAACAAACAAAGGCAACUUUUCGAGAUAAGUUCGAUGACGUGCAUACUAGACUGAUGAAGAAGAACUAUGAUGCUGUCCCACAAUGGUGGUUCUAUUCACUGUCGCUGAUAAUGAUCGGACUCGCCAUGGUUGCUUGUGAAGGAUUUGGUGGACAGCUUCAACUUCCGUUCUGGGGAGUCAUGCUAGCAAUUGGUAUAGUUCUAUUCUUCAUGUUGCCGAUUGGAGUAAUCACGGCCACCACAAACCAGCAACCUGGUUUGAAUGUCAUCUCAGAGCUAAUAAUUGGUUACCUGUAUCCUGGAAGGCCUCUGGCGAAUGUUGUAUUCAAGACAUAUGGUUAUGUAAGCCUAGUGCAGGCGAUAACUUUUCUUUCAGACUUUAAGUUGGGCCAUUACAUGAAAAUCCCACCAAAGUCCAUGUUCAUUGUUCAGCUGGUGGGAACGGUAGUUGCAUCUUCGGUCUACUUUGGCACGGCCUGGUGGCUCCUCACAUCUAUGGAUCACUUGUGCCAUCCGUCCAAAUUGCCUGUGGGAAGCCAGUGGACGUGCCCUGGGUACAAUGUAUUUUACAAUGCCUCCAUCAUUUGGGGUGUGGUCGGACCACUCAGGAUGUUUGGCCGCCUAGGGCUAUAUGUCAAGAUGAACUAUUUCUUUCUCAUCGGACUUCUCGCUCCAGUCCCGGUCUGGAUCCUCUCUCGAAUGUUUCCUGAGAAGAAAUGGGUAAGGCUCAUCAAUAUGCCUAUCAUCAUAAGUGGCGCGGGGAACAUGCUACAAGCCACGGUAGUGAACUACAUAUGUUGGAUAACCAUCGGAGUUUUCUUCAACAUAUAUGUGUACAGGAGGUACCAAAGUUGGUGGGCAAGGCACAACUACAUUUUGUCUUCUGGUCUUGAUGCUGGUGUCGCCUUCAUGGCCAUUCUUUGCUAUUUCACAUUGCAGAUUAGGGACAUUAAUGGAAUGAGGUGGUGGGGCCUGGAAUUGGAUGAUCACUGCCCUCUCGCUAGUUGUCCUACUGCUCCGGGCAUUCAGGUUAAAGAUUGCCCCAUUUUUCAUUGAUCGGAGGACAUCCCAAGUUCUUCGCUGAUAUGCAAUGUCAAGUGGAAAAAUAUCUGUACUACUCACUACACGCUCAUUUUUCUAGAGAUACUUAUACUGUUUAGUCUUCAUGUGGAAUUGAAGAAAAUGAAAUAGAA